GAUUCGACAAUCAAUGACCGGAUUCAGUUUUUCGCCGGAAAGAGAGAGGGAGAGAGAGAGAGAGAGAGAGAGAGAGAGAGUGUGUGUGUGUGUCUGUUCAAACUCGGACUCGGUACGAUUUGACGCGCGCUUAACCAGGGCAGACAUGGAACUCUCCCUAAAUGACCCGGAUUCUCAACAUACCCGACCCGACGAACCAGAGCUCGACCUCUACACCAUCCCCAGCCACUCCAGUUGGUUCGUGUGGGACGAAAUCCACGAAAUCGAGAGAAUUUCUCUCAAGGAGUUUUUCGAUGGAAGCUCGAUUUCGAGAACGCCGAAGAUAUACAAGGAGUACAGGGACUUCAUCAUCAACAAGUACAGAGAAGAGCCUUCUCGGAGGCUCACCUUCACCGAGGUCAGAAAAUCUCUCGUCGGUGACGUCAAUUUGCUCCGCAAGGUUUUCCUUUUCCUCGAAAAGUGGGGGCUGAUCAACUUUUCGGCGUCUUCGGAUGGUGGAGAUUGCGACGGAGAAGAAGAGAAGAGGUCUAGGGUUAGGGUUGAGGAAGGAGUGCCGAAUGGGAUUCGGGUGGUGGCGACACCGAAUUCGAUUAAGCCUAUUCCACCAACACCACCGGUUGUGGGAAAGAAAGGAGAUAAGUUUGAUAGUGGAGUAAAGUUGCCUCCUUUGUCGUCGUAUUCGGACGUUUUUGCUGAUUUGAUGAAGCAGAAGGAUGUCGUUUGUGGGAAUUGUGGAGAUAGUUGUAAUUCUGGUCACUACAAGUAUACGAAGGGUGAUAACGUCUGCAUUUGCGCAAAAUGUUUCGAAAAUGGGAAUUAUGGAGAGAAUAAGUCAGUUGAUGAUUUUGAGUUGAAUGAGUGUAUUCGUGAGGGUGAUAAGCAUGGAGCUGUUUGGACCGAAGCUGAAACUUUCCUCCUCUUAGAAUCUGUUUUGAAGCAUGGAGAUGAUUGGGAGCUUGUUGCUCAAAAUGUUUCCACAAAGACUAAGCUUGAUUGCAUUGCUAAGCUCAUUGAGCUGCCUUUUGGGGAAGUUCUGGGUUCUGCCACCCAUAAAAAGGGUAAUUCCAACGACCCCAUUGGCAACACAAACAGUUUGACGCAAGCUGAGUCGUCCUCAUCUGAGAAUCAAGAGACUGUGAAAACUGGGGAUCAAUGUCAUGAGAAGACAAAUGAGGUUGAGCACAAUGGAGAUGCUGUAGAAAAUGGUCAUCCCUUGAAAAGACAGCGCACUGCUUCCCUCUCGAGUCCUGGUGGUUCGCUUAUGGAACAGGUAGCUCUUAUGUCAACCAUCGUUGGCCCCCAUAUCACAGCUGCUGCAGCUGAGGCUGCUGUUACUUCCUUGUGUGACGAAUAUUCAUAUCCGAGGGAGAUAUUUGAUGGUUAUGAUGAUGACGACUAUGUAACUGAUGGGCAACCGACUCCCAUUCCAGAUAGCGAGACAAAGAGAGUCGUCGAGGUUGAAGAUUCAGAGAUGAAGGAAGGGCCUACUCAAUCAGAAAAUCAGGAUUCAUCUUCCACAAAAGACGAUAUACCAUUUACUUUGCGGGUUAGAACUGCUGUUGCAACGGCUCUUGGGGCAGCUGCAGCUCGAGCGAAAUUACUGGCUGAUCAGGAAGAAAGAGAGAUUGAACAUUUCGUGGCAACCAUUAUCGAGACUGAGAUGAAGAAAUUGCACUGCAAAAUCAAGUAUUUUGAAGACCUGGAGGUGAUUAUGAAGAAGCAGCAUGCUGAAAUGGAGGAAAUAGAAGACUUUCUUUUAGCCGAGCGAGUUGAUGUGUUACAAACAGCAAUUAAGGCUGGUAUACCUAGAUGGAAGAAUUACUCUUCUGUAAAAUCUUAGGAUGCUUCUGUAUUCUCAAAUAUUGGGCGACAAAAACAGACGACAAUCUAGUGUGAUGCGUUCUCUUUGUAUUGUUUCUAUUCUUGUGUAUUAGCUGACAAAUUACGGAGAAUACCAUGUGAUAGUGUUUUUAAAAUGAUUCAGUUUUGAGACUGAAAAAUAGAAUGAGAAUUCUUUGAGAAUGGU